AUGACCACCACCUCCUCACCAAACAUUCCAAACAACCAUAUUCAGAUCGGAGGAAGAAAAUCACAGUUAGCGGUGAGACAAUCUGAAAUUGUCCGGGAUUAUAUUAUUGGGAAAUAUCCGCAUUUAUCAUGUUCCAUAUUAGCUUUAAGUACAUUAGGAGAUAAAGUUCAAAGUAAACCAUUAUAUUCAUUUGGAGGGAAAGCGUUAUGGACCAAAGAAUUGGAGAUAUUGUUACUUGAACAGAUUGAAGAAUACCCCCAACUUGAUUUGAUUGUUCAUUCGUUAAAAGAUAUGCCAACCAAUUUACCGGAUGAAUUUGAAUUAGGAUGUAUAUUAGACCGUCAAGAUCCCACCGAUGCUUUGGUUAUGAAAAAGGGAUCUUCAUAUAAGACAUUAAAAGAUUUACCCGAUGGAAGUGUCGUGGGAACAUCAUCAGUACGUAGAUCAUCACAAUUAUUGAAAAACUAUCCAAAAUUAAAAUUUGAAAGUGUUCGGGGGAAUUUACAAACAAGAAUAUCCAAAUUAGACUCUGAAAAUUCUCCAUUUGAAUGUUUGAUCUUAGCAAGUGCUGGUUUGCAAAGAGUUGGUUUAGGAAAUCGAAUCACUUGUAGUUUACAAGCUCCAGAUAUGUAUUAUGCCGUUGGCCAAGGAGCAUUAGGAGUGGAAAUUAGAAAAGACGAUUACUUAAUGAAGGAAAUAUUAAGAUCAAUUGAAGAUUUACCAACUACUUAUUGUUGUCUUGCAGAACGUUCAUUAAUGAGACAUUUAGAAGGAGGUUGUUCAGUACCAAUUGGUGUACAUACUAAUUUCAAUCAAGAAACAAAUGAAUUAAUAUUUAAAGGGUUGGUUGUUAGUCCCGAUGGUACUCAAAGCGUUGAAGAUGAACUUAUUACGAAAAUUAAUAAUAAAAAUGAUGCUGAACAAGCUGGUAUUAAUUUAGGUGAUUUAUUAAUUAGUAAAGGUGGUAAAGAAAUUUUAAAUGCAAUCAAUUUUGAAAAAAUCAAUCAACCUCCAUCUCCAGUUCCUUCAGUUGCAUCUAGUGAACCGGCAAUUAUCGAAGAUCAACACCAUCCUAAUCCUACCCAUGAUGAUCUGAUCAAAGUUGCAAUCAAUUAA